UACAAUAAAGUCAAAGAUCUAGCCGAGUGAAAAUCAUUUUGAAUAUUGAAUGUCUUUAUUUCCAUACCUUUAUCUUGCAUGAGAACUUAGUUUUAUUUUGACACCAUUAACAAAAAAAUGUGAAAUUGAUUCAUUAGAAAUGGGAUUAAUAGGUUAUAAAGCUAUUUGGAAUUUUAAUUAGCAUUAUCCUUUGACAGAUUUAUGGUAUGUACCGACCUACUUCUAUACGGAAUUAAUUGAUGAGCAGAUGAAGAUUUAGCAGAUUUGAUUUUUGCACGAAUGAAAAAAGAUGAAUAAAGUAUUAAAGUUUGUUAAAAAUAGUAGUUUUAGAAGGGGACCUCAGAUAGCUUAAAAUGAGACUUUACGUGGAAUUCUAAAGAUCUGGUCAAUAAGUAAGAAAAUGCAAGGGACUGUUUUUAUAGAGGAGCUGCAAUAAGGACUUUAUUAAAAGUAAUCAUGAACUGAAACUUUUAGAACUACAAAAAUACUUUUCUAAAAAAACAAGGUUUAUUCAAAUGACGAAAAUGUCUACCAAAACGCAGGAUUCUGAAAGCGAAGAUGAAACAGUGACGUCAUCAGAUUAUUCAGAAUCUUCAGAUGAUGAAAGCAGCGAACAUGAUCGAGAUGAUGCAAGUGACACAACUUCGUAUCGCUCCCUUGCGUUUAGUGUGAAAAAGCAUCGGUCCACCGCAAUAGUUAAAUCAAAGAAAAGCAAGAAAAGAGUUAGGUUUAAACCAGGCGAUAGUCUUGUUUUGAUAUAUGUUAUACCUAAUAGAGAAAUGCUUGGGUUAAAAAGUGAUUCCGAAAGUUCCGACUACGGUGACAGUGACGAUGACAGUGAUGAUGAAGAAGAUGAUGACGAUGACAACGAUGAUGAUGACGAACAGGAAGACGAUGACGAGGACGAUGGAGAUGACGAUGAUGAUGAUGAUGAUGAAAGUGAUGAGGAUAAAGAUAGUAAACACAAAUCAAAAAAGGAUAAAACUGUAAAACCAAAACCUUUCGCGAAAUUACUUGCGGUAAAACAGGUACAUAGACGUAAAUUUCCUGAUUUACGUAGUAACGUUAAAAAAGUAAACGAAAGUUCAAGAACAAACAAUUUGGAUUUAGGUUCAAAUCAAGCAACUUCAAAAAAGAAACAACGUUUAAAACCAACAAAGAAUGAGAAAAAAGAAACCCCUAAACAAUCGAAAAAUGAAAUAAGUGCAAUUAAUAAAUCGAAACAGAUAAAGAACAAGAAAAGUAAAACAAAUGCAAUUAAAGGAGAUGUGAUAAAGCCACACAAAAGCAAAAGAAAUAGAUCUCGAUUGCUUGAAAUACGUGCAACUGUUGAACCAGUGAGUAAAAAUCAGGAUAGUUCGGCAUCUGGUGCAAAACUUACGUACAAAAAUGAUAUUAAACCAAAUGUGAUAGACGUAAAUGGUGCAGUUUCCUUAAACAACUCAACAUCUCUUACUAACAGAACAAGGCUUCAACCAACAUCGUUCAGGAUUACUAAGUCAAGACCUAGUUCAGGUUCUGCAAAAUCUAAAAACGGUUUGCCAGAAAGACCUGCAAAGAUUGCACAAGUUGUUUCAGCUAGUUACGAGUCGCUUACCAGUGUUCUACCAACAUCAUAUAUCAAUCUCAACUCCAUACAAAACAAAACAGUUGACGAAACUAUAAAACGCCUUGACCCAGAAAGUAUGAAUUCAAGUGGGAAAAAAAGUUACGCAUGGCAAGUAGCUAAUGGAACCAUAUCUAGUCAAUCUUUACGCACACCAAGUAUUCUCCCUUUCUUGGACAGUUUACAAAACUCUGUUUCAGAAAACAAUACUCUUAAAUUACCUACAUGACUUUUCGUAUGUUAGAAGAAUAUACCGUAUAAGUGUUUUUUCUGCGGUAACUUUAUUUUUUCUGUGGUCAGUUUCAGCACCGCAGAAAUAAAAACCGCAGAAUAUGUGUCCAUGUUUUGGUAAACAACAUAUAAGCUACCUAAGUUUGAAGCCAGCUAGACCUCAACAAGCCUCUAAAUAAGUUACAGAAUAUCACUUACUAAGGAAUAACAGCAAAGUCGUCUUUUUAAAUUGUUAAUGCUGAAGACUGAAUACUGUUUAGGCGGGUGCUAGGGCUCAUCAGAGAUAUUUCACCUUCCAUGUUCUUUCGACAAGCCGAGUCUGCAAUUUUUGUUUAAAUUGCUCACAACGGAUCUCUUCCUUCAAGAAUUUUCUGUGCGCAUUUUUGUUUUCAAACAAGUAUAGAGAUAUAUUAAAUUUUUAGAUUAGAGUGUUUACUUUAAACUCGUGCUUACAGAUACAAACAACAAUCGUUUUAUAUAAAAUAAAGUGAGAAAAAGUAGUUGAACUUCAGGUUUUCACAUUUAGAAAGAGAUCCGGAAAUUAUAAGUUAGCUAAGAGUGCUGCAAAUAGCUUGAAUAAACAAACUGACUGAUAAAUCAAUCUUCCUGAGAUUUUAAAUAAAUCUCGAGGAUUUAUUUUGGUUUAAAAGGUUUUAUGCAUUAGAUAACAAUUUUGAAUUUGUAAAAAUCACGGUAGUUGAAGGGAAUUCAAUAUUUAUUUGAUUUUUUUCUGUUUAUGUGUAUAUUUGUGUUCAGAAAUUUAACUUGAUUUAAGUAUCGUAUUUAUUUACGUACGUUUUAUAUAUGUCUUGCAUCUACGCAUGUUUGAUAUACAUGUUUACAUAGUGUAUUUAUUUGUAAUACAUGAUAUUUGAUCGUAUAAUAUUAGAAUUAUAUAAUUAAAUUUAG